AUGGCACUUGUCAUAGAUCCCAGCAGUUUAUCCAAUCUAACUGAAGUCAUAACUAAACAUGUUCACUUGAACUGGAAGAUCUCAUUUGAAGAAAAGAAGAUUGGUGGACAUGUUCUUUUGGAUAUGGUCACAUUACGUCCAAACGUGUCCAAGGUCGUAUUGGAUACUAGCUAUCUCGACUUGAAGAGCGUCUCCUUGAAUGGACAAGAACUCAAGUAUGAAGUUGCUGAACGACACCCUAGUCUCGGAUCAGCCUUGACCAUUCACCUUCCUGAAACCUUUGCAAACGAAGGCACUACUUUUCAACUCAAAGUAGAAUAUGUUACUACAGAGAAAUGUACAGCUGUUCAAUACUUGGAACCAGAACAAACGGUUGGCAAGAAGCACCCUUAUUUGUUUUCUCAAUGCCAAGCUAUCCAUGCCCGUGCCUUUGCUCCUCUGCAGGACUCUCCUUCUGUCAAAUUGACCUAUUCAGCAUCCGUGACCUCGCCUCUGCAAGUCGUCAUGUCAGCUCUCUUAGUAUCUAGCGACGAUAACCAGGAUGGCACCAAGACAUAUCACUUUAAGCAAAACACGACCAUUCCUUCCUACUUGAUUGCGAUUGCUGCUGGCAACUUGACUGGCCGUGAGAUUGGCCCACGUUCCACAGUAUGGUGUGAACCUGAAAUGGUUGAACAAGCAGCCUGGGAAUUUGAAGAUACAGAAAAAUUUAUUGCCACAGGUGAAAGUCUGUUGACCCCUUAUGAAUGGGGACGUUAUGAUCUUUUGGUGUUGCCACCUUCUUUUCCCUAUGGUGGUAUGGAGAACCCUUGUUUGACCUUUGUUACCCCAACCCUCUUGGCAGGUGAUAGAAGCGCUGUCGACGUUGUUGCACAUGAAAUUGCCCACAGCUGGAUGGGUAACUUGGUUACGACCGCCAAUUGGGAACACUUCUGGUUAAAUGAAGGUUGGACCGUAUUUGUCGAACGCAAGAUCGCAGCCCGUCUUCAUGGAGAAGCUGAAAGACAAUUCAGCUCCAUCAUUGGUUGGAAAGCAUUAAAGGAAAGUGUUGAACUCUUUGGCGAAAACUCACCUGCUACUGUUUUGAAGCCUGAUUUAAGCAGUGGUAUUGACCCCGAUGAUUAUUUCAGUUCUAUUCCUUAUGAAAAGGGUUUCAAUUUGCUUUACCACCUUGAAAAAGUCGUUGGUGGUCCUGAAGUCUUUGAGCCUUACAUGAAGGCUCAUGUCGAGCAGUUUGCCUCUAAAUCCAUCACAACCGAGGAUUGGAUUGCCCAUCUUCGCACAUACAUGGAAAAGCACCACGGUAAAGAAAUGGUUGAAAGGUUGAACAAGAUUAAUUGGGAUCUCUGGAUUAAUGGCACUGGUAUGCCUCCUGUUGACCCUCAAUUUGAUACUAGCCUUGCUGAUGCAUGCUAUGAUCUUGCUAAACGCUGGGAAGAAGCUCGCAACACCAACGACCUCAGUUCUUUCUCUCCCAAGGAUGUUGAGAACUUUACCUCCACUCAAAAGAUUGUAUUUUUGGAACGCUUAACAGACUGUGAACCUUUCCCCCAUCACAUUAUUGCCAAAAUGGAUGAACUUUAUCAAAUGACACCUAUUCGCAACGCUGAUGUUCGUUUCCGCUGGCAACAACUUUGCGUCAUGGCUAGUUAUGAAAAGAUCUAUCCUAGUGUUGUCGAAUUCAUCACUGAACAAGGCCGUAUGAAAUUUGUUCGUCCUCUGUAUAGAUUCCUUUAUAGAGCAAAGAAUGGUGCCAAGUUAGCACAGGAAACUUAUUUGAAGCACAAGAAAUUCUAUCACCCAAUUGCUGCACAGCUUAUUGAAAAAGACAUUGAAUUGAAGCAAUAA